AUGACAGAUCUAUCUGUUAUCGAGCAAAAGAAAUUGAUGUUGGAGGCUCGAGUUGCUCGAAAAGGAGCUGGUAGGCAUUUGACAAUAAAAUCUGACCUUGCCGAGAUAGAAACCCAGACACUGAAAAGGAGAAAGGUGACAGACUCUAAAGCCACCUCGAGUAUGGAUGAGCCUCAGACUUCUGCUCAGUUUGUUCAAGAGGAGGUUCAUCAGGGUUCUUCGAAGAAGCUCAAGAACCUUAUGAGCGAUGAUAUCUGUCGGACAGACUUGGAGAUUACUUCACUGAUGAAAGAGACCAGAGAAGGUCAUACAUCUGUGGAGUUUAAAUUCUGGUGCAAUAGUUUCAAUGGACCCCGAUUCUUCUAUGAUUAUCUCAACACAACGAAGGACGUCAAUAAGGUUAAGACUAUAGGCCGAAAAAAGAUGACUCAAAACCCCAACUCUUACCCUAUGAGGUGCAUAAUUCUGGCUUGUGGUUUGUUUGAAUUUAGAGAUGACUAUGAGAAAGCUGAUUCGAAGCUCAAAGACGAGAUUACUCAGUUAAAAGAUGCUCAGAAGACUCAGUCCGAAAAGCUACCCGAUUUGGAAAAGAACUUGGUCGAGGAGAAGAAUCGGAGGGAGACUCUGGAAUCUGAGGGCAAGGCUUCCCCUUCCUAG